GCUAUAGAGCAAUGAUAUAAUACAAUAAGUGGGCGCAAGUCAGUCACACCUCAUAAUUACAGGCCUAUAAUUCCUCCACGUUUUUUGUUUUUCUGAAUUGUGUGAAAUGGCUUAUACAAAUAUGUAAUGCUGAACGAUUAAGUGUCACCAAGGGCAAGGUGAAUUGGUUUAGUCUAAACUUCUGUACGAGUGACAGUGUUGGGGGGAUGGGAAAUUUGUUGAUUGUCGAGUGCAAAAUAAGCACAGAGAGAUGGAUAGAAAAAGGCAAAAGCCAUCAGGAUCGCAAUUUCGAAAAAGAAGAAGAGGAGAAACGAUCAAAACAAAAAGGUAUGCCACUAUGUUCUUUCUGUAUGAUUAUUACAGUAUCCAUGUCAUGAAUGGCUAAUGUUAAUUGGUGGAAUAACUCUUAGGCCUACAUUUGUUAGCCUGCUAAUAUGCUGCCUAUGAUAUGAUUAUACAACAAUAAUUCAGUUUUAACUCAAUAAACACGAGUUCUAAUUUCAUGAUAAGAUUGUGCUUUGCAACAAAACUGUUACACGUUCAGUUAUUAUUUAUUUCCAUCAUUUCGGUUGACGUUGGGCCAUGUAAUAAGCCAACAGAAUGUUCAUCUUCUGAGGGCAGUUUCAAAGACGUCACGGAACAUUUGCCAUUCGCUCCAUUUCGUGACAAAGUAUAGUUUACCAGUCAUAAGUCAAAUCUAUAGAAUUAUAUGCAGUAAUCAAGCAGCUAAUUGUUCCUCCCUGAAAGAUAGGUUAAUAUAGCGUCUUAUGGCAGAUAUUUAGCAUGUAGGCAGUUAGGGCAUGUUUAUUUAAAUUUGUUUAUUUGAAUUCAUGGAUGUUUUGUAUAGAGUUAUAUAGCCUCCGGUCUUUUGAUGUCAAUUUCAGGGGCACUUCUAAAAUAUUUUGGAGCAUCCUCUGCCACUGGUGGUCAGGAUGAGCCACCCACCUCCCCCGCUAGACAUGACUCUGCUGAAGAUCAGGAUGAGGCGGAGCAGCCAUCUAUGUCGUCAGCAGUGUCCCCUCAAAUAUCUGACAUUGAGGAUGAAGACCUCUUUGCCUCUAGGCCUACUUCUCCCCAGCAUGAGCCUUCAGAAACACCUGGAGCUGAACCCCCACUGAGCCCCACUGAAGAUGAGCCUCUGUCUACUGACCCUGCUAGCUGGCCCUCACCUCUGACUGACAGGAUUCGGACUGAGCUGGUUCGAAGAGGACCAAGUAGGUUGCCACCUAACUUUGUUUUUCGGAAGAAUGAGAGUGUUGGGAGAAGUUGCCACCACCAAUAUUUUACGAAAACAUUAUUUAGUGGUGAAAAGAUGGCAAGAAGUUGGCUGGUGUAUUCAAUGAAGAACAACAGCCUCUUUUGCUUCUGCUGCAAACUGUUUUCAAAGAGGCUCACUAAUUUGACAAUGUCAGGAAUGUCAAAUUGGAAACAUGCAAGCGCAAACCUCAUAGCACAUGAGGGUAGUCCAGAACACCUCAAUUCCAUGAAAGCAUGGAAGGAACUGUCAGUGAGGUUAAGAAGUGGGGAAACCAUCGACAAGCAGGAGAUGGCACUUGUGGAGGCUGAGAGGAUGAGAUGGAGAGCAGUGCUGACCCGUCUCAUUGCUAUUGUGCAGUCACUGGCAGUUCGUAAUUUGGCUCUCAGGGGACACACAGAAACACUCUUCACACCAUCAAAUGGGAAUUUCCUCCAAGAGGUUGAAUUGAUGGCCAGGUUUGAUCCCAUAAUGAAAGAUCACCUUAACCGUGUCACAAGAGGAGCAAGUCACAACAGCUACCUUGGCCAGCAUGUGCAAAAUGAGCUCAUUGGUUUAUUGAGCAGCAAAAUAACAUCUACUAUGGUUGAUGACAUCAAGCACGCCAAGUUUUUUUCAAUUAUUCUGGACUGCACACCGGACAUUAGCCACACAGAACAGUUAUUAUAACAGUGAUAAUUAGAGUGGUGUCACUGAUGGAGAAGCCCCAUAUCAAGGAGCAUUUUAUGGGAUUUUUGGAGGCAGAGGAGUCCACAGGCCAUCACUUGUCAUCCAUGAUCCUGAAGAGACUUGAGGAGUUGGGAAUUCCUUUUGAAGACUGCAGAGGACAGUCAUACGACAAUGGAGCCAACAUGAGGGGCAAAAAUAAGGGAGUUCAAGCCAGGCUCUUAGAAAAGAAUCCCAGAGCUCUGUUUGUGCCAUGUGGGGCGCAUACAUUGAAUUUAGUUGUGUGUGAUGCUGCAAAGGGAUCUGUUGAUGCCAUGAGCUACUUUGGUGUCUUGCAAAAGCUCUACACACUAUUUUCAGCCUCCACCCAAAGAUGGUCCAUAUUGAAGAAAUAUGUGAGCAUCACCUUAAAGAUUUGGGCAGAAACAAGGUGGGAGAGCAAGAUCAAGAGCGUCGAGCCCAUGAGGUAUCAGGGAGCUGCCGUGAGAGAGGCUUUGAUCGAGGUGAGAGACCACACCAAAGACUCUGCUAUAAAGGCGGAGGCCCAGUCUUUGUCUGAGGAGGUGGGGUCGUACCGCUUUAGCAUCUGCACGGUUGUUUGGUAUGACAUGCUAUCUGCAAUACAGCAUGUCAGCAAACUCAUGCAGUCUCCUGGUAUGGAUGUGGACAUAGUUGUGGGUCUUUUGAAGAAGACUGAAAGAGGUCUCCAGAGCUACAGGGCAAGUGGCUUUGUGACUGCACAGAUGGCGGCAAAAGACCUCUGUGAAGUUAUGAAUGUGGAGGCUGUUUUGAAACAGAAAAGGCUCAGGUCUACAAAGCGCCACUUUUCAUUUGAAUCGCAUGAUGAGCCUAUCAGUGAUGCACUUAGGAAGUUGGAGGUUGAAUUCUUCAAUGUUGUUUUUCAGCCAUGUCAGCCAUCAAGGAGAGGUUUUCCACAUUGGAAAAUGUGGGAAACAAAUUUGGAUUUCUGACGAACUUCCCAAGUCUUCCAGGUGAGGAGCUGGCAGAGCAAUGCGAGGCACUAGGCACCACACUGCACUUUGAAGGGCACUCUGAUCUGGACAUUAGAGAGCUUGUUCAAGAAAUUAAGAACUUCCCUGAACUUCCAUCAAAAUCAAUGAGCCUCCUUGAGCUUAUCACUUUGAUAUAUGAUAAGAAUCUAACGGAGAUCUACCCCAACUUUUGGACUGCCCUCAGGAUUGCGCUUACUCUGCCAGUCACAGUGGUUCAAGCAGAGAGGAGCUUUUCAAAGCUAAAGUUGAUUAAGACCUACCUUAGGUCAACCAUGUCUCAGGAACGGCUGACUGGCCUUGCUGUCAUCAGUAUUAAUCACUCAAUAGGGGAGCAAAUUUCAUACGAUGACAUUAUUGAGGAUUUUGCAUCAAGGAAGGCCAGAAAGGUUAAGUUUUAGUUUCUUAGUGUUUCUUAGUUUGUGUUUUCUGUUCUUAGUGCAAUAGUGUAAUAAUUAGAUUUUCUUAAGUGUGUUUUUACAUGUGUGUUUAUUUAUUCUAUUUUGUAUUUGUAUAUUAUCCUUAAUAUUUUAUAUUAUUGUAUCUCUGCUCUUUUUUGUAUAGUAUUCUUAAUGUUCUCUGCUCUUCUUCAUUUUUUUCUAUAUCUGAUAUAUAUUUUUUCCACUUGUAUGUUGUAACUUAUACUGUGUUGUGCAUAAUUGUGCACAUUGAUUCCCUAUUUAAAGUUCUAUAAAAGGUUUUUUGCAAUUGUGCACAGUUUGUCUUUCAUUUAUUUAGAAAAAAAAACCUCAGACUCGGAGGGGUCUCGCCCGGGGUGUAAUUCCAUGUAGAACCGCCACUGUCUACAAUACUCUCCAGGGGAGGCUAAAGAGUGGACUAGUGUCCCACCUGCUGGCAUCAAAGCCCUCUGCAAGCGAGCCUGCAUCAGUGGAGAGGCUGAUGUGCCCGACAGAUUGGUGGACCAGUUGGGAGCUCCUGCUGCAGCUGUACCAGAAGCUUAUGUGUUCCCAGUGAACCUUAGCAUGAAUGUGCUGGAUCAGCUAAGUCCGAAAGAUAUCCAGGCAUCACAAGACAUGGACCCAACAAUUGGGCCAUUAAAGAAGGCACUGGAAAAGAAUAAAGGGCUGACAUGCUCAAAAAAUGAUUCACCUGAGACUGUGUUGCUCUUACGCGAAAGCCGAAAGUUGGAAUUAAAGGAUGGAUUACUCUACAGAGUAAAAGAAAAAACAUGCGGAAAACAGAUCAAACAACUUGUCUUACCAGCCAGAUACCGCCCAAUGGUGUUAAGGUCUCUACAUGAUGAGUGCGGACACAUGGGAAUGGAACGCACUACCGAACUGAUCAAAGACAGAUUUUAUUGGCCGCGAAUGACAGCUGAGGUCGAGCAGUACAUUCGAACCUGUGGUAGAUGUAUCUCCAGGAAGACACUCCCUCAGCAUGCCUCGCCUUUGAAUCAAAUAACAAGUAAUGGCCCUUUAGAUUUAGUCUGUAUUGACUUUUUGCAGAUAGAGCCUGACUCUAGAGGUGUUGCUAAUGUGUUAGUAGUGACAGACCAUUAUACACAUUACGCACAAGCAUUUGCUACAAAAGAUCAAAAGGCUAUCACCGUUGCAAGAGUAUUAUGGGAGAAGUAUUUUGUGCACUAUGGCCUACCUGCACGGAUACACUCGGAUCAAGGACGAGAUUUUGAAAGUCGCCUGAUCAAAGAACUCCCCCUAUCACCCACAAGGGGACGCACAACCAGAAAGGUUCAAUAGCACACUUUUAGCAAUGCUUGGUACCUUGGACACUGUAAAGAAACAAAGUUGGAGUCAACAUAUCACCCACCUGGUACAUGCAUACAAUUGCACCAAGAAUGAUUCCACAGGAUACUCCCCUUAUCAUCUCAUGUUUGGAAGGGAGGCAAGGUUACCCAUUGACAUCUGUUUUGGGAUCUCGCCAAAUGGUGAAAGUGAAACCUCCUACCAACAGUAAGUCGCCAGGAUGAGGAAAGAGUUACAAAAAGCCUACCAACUGGCAUUUGACGCUGCUACAAAGAGUCAUCUGAAAAACAAAGCUCGCUAUGACCAGCGUGUGAGAGAUUCACCUUUGGAGAAAGGUGACAGAAUUCUCAUUCAGAAUUUGGGUCUAAAAGGCAAGCAUAAACUUCAAGAUCGAUGGAAAUCAACACCAUAUGUUGUUGUGGAGAAGUUGCCUAAUCUGCCUGUUUACAAGGUCAAACCAGAGCAUGGUACAGGUGUGGUAAAAACUCUUCAUCGAGACCACCUGUUGCCCAUCGGGUACAUGGUUAGGUUGUCUAACCAAUCAGAUGAUACAAACUCUGCUCGGAGACCUGUAACAAGAGCUCAACUUACCCGGAAACAUCUAUCAAUCAAGUCUGAAGAAAGUGACACAGAGUCCUCAGGCUCAGAGUUUGAAACUGUCCACAAUCCUCCAGAUUUUGGGGGUCAGGAAACAAUUAAACAUGAUAAAUCAACCUGUGGAGGAUGAACAGAGUCGGAGUUCUGAAGAAAGUGAAAACUCUGAAGAGGAUGACGAAUUUGAAGAGGAAAACUGUGAAGCUGCAGAAAAUCAACAACUUACAGAAACAGAGUAUGAGGAACCGCCUGAAGGUGCUGCACCUCCUCUGUCACACUCUUAUGUCCAAGAGACAUAUACUGAAUCUGCGGAAGAUUUGCAAGAUUCAGAAGAGGGAGCAAGCUCACCUCUGUUAAACAGAGCCAGACGUGAUAAAGCGCUAGAAGUGAAAGUGAAAGGUCUUCUACAAUCCGGAAAUCCCUGAGAAAACCAAAGCCAUCUAUGAGAUUCACUUAUGAGAAACCUGGUCAUCCAUCUUGUGAACCAGUUACCAUCAUGCACCAUGGCAUGGUCAUCCAACUCAAGUUAAACCCUCCAAACCAAGACAACGAAUCAAGGAAAAAGUCCAAAACAUCCAAAAGGUACAUGGAGGAGGAGAACAAAAAACACCCUUCCAAGUUGAAGAGAGACAAAAGGUGUGAUGAGGACAUCUACACGUUCAGAAGAGGGAGGGUGUAGCUCUGUACAAAAAUCUUCCAAGUUAAAGAGAGACAAAAGGUGUGAUGAGGACAUCUACACGUUCAGAAGAGGGAGGGUGUAGCCCUGUACAAAAACCAUAAGUUACAGAGCAUAAAAAAUAAUUAACAGUAUAAUAAAAUGCUGUGUUAAAUGUUCAUAAAUAAAUAGAGUUCAUAAUAAUAAAAUGUGUGCGGGUUAAAAGCAUAAAUAUAAUAUGUUUAAUAAAACUAUUUACAGUUAAAAGAUAAAUUAAUAUAAAGGUCUUUAAGUUUAUCAAGUCUAAAAUAUUUGUGAAUUCAGGAUAUAAAAGAGGAAGAAGCCGUGUUUAUGUUUAACUUAACCUGUUACCUGUCACACACGUAAAUCAUUUAAUUUCUGUUUUUGUCUUUGGUUGUAUUAAAACUUCACAGGCCAAUCCGAAUAAAGUCUCACCGUGUAAAGGGCGGGGCUAGUGCAGCAGGUUAGUGUGGGGAGUAGUGAGCACAUGUAAGCCGUUUCUCAAUUCGCGUACUUGUGCGUGCUCGUGUGCUCGUGGACUCGUGAAACGUCAUCAGUCGUUGCCCGAGCACUGUUCCAAUUCGAAGCACGCAUCAAGCGAGUACUGUCGUAAAACCCGGAAGUGUUCUGGAUGAGUGCUCGAUAUCGCCGUUUCACCGAGCAUGCAUCGGAGGUGGCUCGUGUGUGCUUGCUCCCGCUAUAAAUCCCAGGAUGCAUUUCGCACUCGCAGCAGUACGAGCAUAGAGUACGAGGGCGGACAAUAUGGAGAAGACGCACAAGUUACAACUGUAGCUUAAGUUACUCUUAACUUAUAUAUAUAUUUAUAUAAUAUAUAAUAU